UACAUUUGGUCUUCUCCUCCUACUUAUACGAGUGGUUAGAUUCACACUAACCAAACGAUAAAUUUUAUUCACAAAGCUUCCAUUGCGAAAUAGGUUUCUGACAAGGAGCGGUUAUAUCCGCAAUGAAUGUUUAACAUAGAGCGAAAAAAAACCGACCGUUAAUUUUUUUUUUAAAACGCAGGCGAGCCAAGGAACUAAAGCCAAGAUGACAGUCGCAGAGAGAUAUUGAAUAUCCAUCCAGCCUUUUGGGCGAUUGAAUAUCCUUGCCAGUUUCACUACAUAGGCUAAAACAGCAAGUGUCAAAGAUGAUGUCCGCAGACAUUCCUCCCAAUCAAACGAUUUACGUCAACAACCUCAAUGAGAAGGUUAAAAAAGAAGAGCUCAAGAAAUCCCUUUAUGCGGCCUUCUCUCAAUUUGGAAGGAUAGUCGAUAUUGUUGCUCUAAAGACUAUGAAGCUGAGGGGUCAAGCAUUCAUUGUUUUUGAUGAAGUUACAGCUGCCAGCAAUGCACUUCGACAAAUGCAGGGCUUCCCAUUCUAUGAUAAACCAAUGAGGAUACAGUAUGGAAAGUCAAAAUCAGAUACUAUAGCAAAGGCAGAAGGUACAUUUGUACCGAGGGAAAAGAGGAAAAAACAGGAAGAAAAAGCUGAGAGGAAGCGGAAAGACCAUGAAUCUCAACAUACUGGGAAUGGACCUGCAUCUGGUUAUGGGGCAACUCCUGCUUCUCAUUCACAGUUUCAACAAGGCAAACCUAGUUCACAUGAGGCGCCUGCCCCACCUAACAAUAUUCUAUUCAUCCAGAAUCUGCCAUAUGAGACAACCACUAUGAUGCUACAGAUGUUGUUCCAGCAGUACCCUGGUUUCAAGGAAGUCCGUAUGAUUGAGGCAAAACCUGGCAUUGCCUUUGUGGAGUAUGGAGAUGAAAUGCAAUCUUCUGUAGCAAUGCAAUCUCUUCAAGGCUUUAAAAUCACUCCCCAAAACCCAAUGCUUAUCAGUUAUGCCAAGAAGUAGUUCUUUCAUAAAUAACCAGAAAUCCUGAACAGAUUAUUUUAACUGUCACAGAAAAUUGAAAAUCCCAUAAUGUUAGACUGUCCCAUCUAGUCUUUGAAAAGGGUGUGCAAUUUUUCAUACAGCUAUCUUGAAAACAGGUGGCACACCCUGCAUUGAAAAUAGGCAGAUGCAGAUAUGUGAAUCUGUUCAUAGAUGGAUUUAACUUCUCCCUAUAUCUGUUUUUAGAAUGGUUAUUUUGUAAAGAAUGAUGACCAUAUGAGCUGGUUGAGUAAAAUUGUCCUAUAGCGUUGGCAAUUUUUGUUUUGUUUUAGGUGUCCUGUUUUGAUGUUAGUACAACAUGCCAGAAAUAAGAAGGUAAAAUGAUUUGAGAACAAA